AUGUCUGUUGAAGAAAUCCCCCAAGGUGCCGAAGUUAACAUCAUCUCCAAGAACGAGAAGAAGGCCAGAGAAUUGAUCAAGAAGUUGAACUUGAAGCAAAUCAAGGGCAUCUCCAGAGUCACUUUCAAGCAAAGAGGUAACAUUCUCUACGCCAUUGACCAACCUGACGUCUACAGAUCUGCUGCCGGUACUUACGUUGUUUUCGGUGAGGCUAAGGUCGAUGACUUGAACCAAAGAUUGGCUGAGGCCCAGGCUGCUCAACAAAGCGGUGCUGAAGCUGCCUCUACUGAACAGGAAACUGUCGACAAGAGCCCAGAGGCCAUCACUGCCGACCUUCAAAAGGCUUCUUUGAACGAGAAGAAGGAAGAGGAGGAAGAGGAAGAAGGUGAGGUUGACGAGUCUGGUUUGGACAGCAACGACAUUGACAUCAUUGUUGAGCAAACCCAAGUUUCCAGAGCCAAGGCUGUCUCUGCUUUGAGAAAGCACAAGGGUGACAUGGUCAACGCCAUCAUGGACUUGUCCUAA